UGUCAAAUAGUUUCCUUCAAAUGAAAUUUCCGAAUAUUCUGACCUCCUAUAGAUCAAGCACUAACACGAGGGACAUUUACUUGAAUCAUAGCUCCUUCUUGAAUGGAUCACUAUUAGAAAAUUUUGUGCUUGACUAAACCACUAAACCCUGUUAACACGCCAGAUUUCUGUGGCCGGUGGUGACUAGAUUAACGAGGUUUCACCGCCCAUGACUUUUAUCCUUACGUUGCUGACGAUCCACUCCCUUUAAAACAUUUUUUCACCUCAAAUUCGAAUAAGUUUGCCCUCUUACAAGUUGAAAAGACAUGUUAUUGUCAGGUUUUUUUAUUUGUCAACCGAUUUUUGUUGAGUAUUUUUGCUGGAACGGCGUGUUUUUCUUUAAUCAAAAAAAAUGAAUAAAAUAAAAACGUUCUGGGGCCUAUGCCACUCCCGCUUAGCCCGCCAAACACAGCCGCGCAAUGGCUGUAGGACUGGAAAGUAUGUCAAGCUUGCAAAGCAUUCUGGUCUGUGUGUUACUUUCUGUAAGAACUUUCAACAUUUUCUCCGACCACUUGGUGAUUUUUCCUUCUUGCUGUUUCUUUCUUGAGGUUCUUUCCUUAAAUGUCAGAAAAAAGUCGGAUGGCAGUCUUACGUUGCUUCAACUGCGAUCACACGGGAAGGAGACACGAGGAUUUCUUCAACAUAACUAAAAUUCACCCGUCAUUUGCGGCGAAAGCGAGCAACCCAGAAAGUGACGAGGCCGGUCAAGACGAAUCUCUGAAAGGAAAAGCUUUUCUUGUUUGCGGCGAUUGUGUUUACGAUCGCCUUCAAGAAUGCCAGAGCUGUGCUAAAAAGGCUCCUCUGUGUAUGUUUAAAAUUGCAGAGUGGUUCUGUGACAAGAAAAAUCGGAAUUGUAUCGAUUGUGCUGCAACUUUUGAGGCGCUUGGACUUUUUCAGACCGGCUAUCAUUCCAGUGUGAUCAUACGCCAGUGCUCGGUUUGUCGUCAUUUUAAAUAUUUACCAUCUUUCAUCAGCUGGAACAAACACAAACCUCACGAUACUUUGAAGGAUUGCUUCGAGUGUCAACUCCGUCGGGAUAUCGUGCAAUACAAGAGGGAACUUCGAGAUCGGUACGAAGAAAAACUUCAGCAAGAACCGGUGUUGGGUGAUGACAGCCAACCGCCCAGGACAGGUGGCAUUAAAGCAGUGGCGCAACAGGGCGCGACGUAUGCGUCAGUUGUUACGAAAGGAUUUACUGAUAGUAAGCUUAAAUCUUCCUCUUCAACGAGUGAAAAUGGUCAGUUAAGGACUGGUGAAAUCGCAACGCAAUUGAGUGUUCCCAGAGAAAGUGGACUUCACACAAAGGGGAAAUGUAUCAACACCGGUUUGGAAGAGUCAUUUUGCACCAAAGUUCUCCAAGCUCUAAAGACAUCAUUUAGCCAACUGGAGGAGAAAACUAAGCUGGAACUUAAGCUCCUACAAUCUGAUCCUCAGUUUUGGCAGGUUGCCUUAAGAGACAAACUACUGCGAGUUUCGCAGCUAUUUUCUAGUCAGGCAACAGACCAGAUUCAUUUCAAUGAUGCCGAGUCACGCUGGGCUUAUCUUGGCACCUACACGGCAGCUCAUGCCACCUUGGUUCAUGCAACUGUUACAUCAGGUCGAUUUGAACCUCUGACAGAAUUUGUGAAGAAGGCCCACAAAAAGGAGAGAUUGCAUGUCUGCUGUCUUGGUGCAGGACCUGGUAGUGAGAUUCUAGGUCUCCAUCAGCUGCUUCCACCCUGCACUGAGUGGUUAUUGCUGGAUAACUGUGAGCAGUGGGCCCACACAGCUCAGAUUCUGUUGCAAGAUGUCAGUGAUGUACCUUUCCGUUAUGGUGCCUUUGACAUUUGCAGCAACCAAGGUCGAGGGCGUAGAGGAAACCUAACACCAAACUAUGCUUUCAAAAAGGCCAAGUUGUUCCUGUUGGUGAAAUUUGUCUCUGCAGUUCAGAAUCUUCCAGGAGCAUUCCAAUAUCUGGUGGACAUUCUCAAACGAGCCACGCCAGGCUCCUUGUUUCUUUUUGUGGACAAUGCACACAUCCAAACCAAGAACUUCAUUGAAGACUUGGUAUUCCCUUCACGAGACAGUGUGGAACGUGAAGAGUACAAAGAAAAUGAAUCAUUUAGACUGUACACUACAUAUGCAGAGUUGAACUCUGAUCGUGAGGAGGGCUUAAAGUCUGCUGCUCUGUGUGAAUGGGUGAGUCUUAUGAGUUACUGGCUGGACAGGCAUCCAAUUCUGGACCUAAGGGUUAAUGUCCAUCUGGCUGUUAAAAAGGAGUGAGAGCUACAGACAACUCUAAAAUAGGUAUGAAAAAGAGAAUUUGCAGUGCCAAAAGCACUUUUUCAUCACUAAUUUGCAGAAAGGAAUUAGCUUAACUAAACUAAUAACUUACUAACUAGUAACUUAAGAUGAUUUACUUUUUACUUUUUUACUCUAACUUAUUUUGCUAAGUAGGGAUUUUUGUUUUUAUCUUUUCUUCAACCAAACAGGAAUGGGAAAACUGUGUACAUGUUAAGCUGUAGUCACAACAUUUCCAUUUUCAAUUUAAUCUUUUUAUCCUGUGAUAGUUGAUCAUUUUAGGGGAAAACAAGGUAGACCAUGCUACUUAAAUGAUUCACUUGCAUCAAAACAGGUUAUCUUCAGGGUGCAAUGAAAACCAAUUUUCACGCUUGCCUUUCGGG